AUGCUAAGCGCCUUGUUUCGCACGGGACCCCGUAGCGCGCUGCGUUGCGUUCGUCGUCCCCCAGCGCUUCAGCUUCGCGCCGCUGCCGCUGCCGCUGCCUCCGCCGCCGCCUCCGCCGCCAUGUCCCGGCCGCUGUCGCCGCCGCGGGCCGCCUCCGGGGCCCCGGUUCGGCCCGCCACGGUGCUGGGCACCAUGGAGAUGGGGCGCCGCAUGGACGCGUCCGCCAGCGCCGCGGCCGUGCGCGCCUUCCUGGAGCGCGGCCACUCGGAGCUGGACACGGCCUUCAUGUACGGCGAUGGCCAGUCCGAGAUCGUCCUGGGCGGCCUGGGCCUCGGGCUGGGCGGCGGCGACUGCAGAGUGAAAAUCGCUACCAAGGCCAAUCCCUGGGAAGGGAAGUCGCUGAAGCCUGACAGUGUCCGGGCCCAGCUGGAGACAUCCCUGAAACGGCUGCAGUGCCCCCAGGUGGACCUCUUCUACCUACAUGCCCCUGACCACAACACCCCCGUGGAGGAGACGCUGCGUGCCUGCCACCAGCUGCACCAGGAGGGCAAGUUCGUGGAGCUUGGCCUCUCCAACUACGCCGCCUGGGAGGUGGCCGAGAUCUGCACCCUCUGCAGGAGGAACGGCUGGAUCCUGCCCACUGUGUACCAGGGCAUGUACAACGCUACCACCCGGCAGGUGGAAACGGAGCUCUUCCCCUGCCUCAGGCACUUCGGAUUGAGGUUCUACGCCUACAACCCUUUAGCUGGGGGCCUGCUGACGGGCAAGUACAAGUUUGAGGACAAGGACGGGAAACAGCCUGUGGGCCGCUUCUUCGGGAAUAACUGGGCUGAGACCUACAGGAAUCGCUUCUGGAAGGAGCGCCACUUCGAGGCCAUUGCCCUGGUGGAGAAGGCCCUGCAGGCUGUGUAUGGCGGCAGCGUCCCCAGCAUGACCUCGGCCGCCCUCCGCUGGAUGUACCAGCACUCCCAGCUGCAGGGUGCCCACAGGGACGCGGUCAUCCUGGGCAUGUCCAGCGUGGAGCAGCUGACACAGAACUUGGCGGCGACCGAGGAAGGGCCCCUGGAGCCGGCCGUGGUGCAGGCCUUCGAUCAAGCCUGGCACCUGGUCGCCCACGAAUGUCCCAACUACUUCCGCUAGGGCCAGUCCUGACUCCAGCUGCCAAAGGUUUCUCUCUUUUCCGCCACCUCUUCUGUUCUCUCAUCCUGACCAGCCUGCCUUAAGUUGAUUUAACAUGGUCUUUUUUGAUUGUCUGGCUCAAUGCAAUAUUUUUCUAGAUUCCCUCCUGGCUCCCAGAUGCCUUUGUGGCGUGUAAAGCCUGGGGCUGUGGUCCACUUGGGACGUUCCUGUCUGAAUAAAGCCGGCACUUGACCGGGCUGUCGCCUGGGCCCUCGGUAAAC